AUGGCGGGGGUCAGCGCGGGGACGGGGGCGAUGAGCUCCCUCCUCGGCAAGCUCUCCGCCUUGCUCACCCACGAGUACAAGCUUCUCAAGGGCGUCCGCAAGGAGAUCCAGUUCCUGGAGCGCGAGCUUGGCAGGAUGCGAGCCUACCUGGACAUACUGGCGGACAUGGACAAGCUCGACGACCUGGCCAAGAAGCGGAGAGACAGCCUGCGCGACCUCAGCUACGAGAUGGAGGACUGCAUCGACCGUUUCAUGGACCGGCUUGGCACCGGCGACGCCAGGCGAGGGUUCAUGAGGACGACCGCGCGCCGGCUCAGGACGAUUUGGGCGCGCCAUGACAUCGCGACCCUCAUCAGAGACCUCAAAGCUCGGGUCUUGCAGGAGACCGAGCUGCAUGACAGUGCAACGAGGCCAGUUGAAAUAGAUCCCCGGAUGACCGCGCUCCACGAGGAGGUCAAGGGCUUGGUGGCCAUGGACGCCCCAGCGAAGCACAUUUCUGCAUUGCUGAUGGAUCAGAGCAUGGAGCUGAAAGUGGUACCGAUUGUCGGGCCUGGAGGGUUGGGGAAGUCGACCCUUGCAAUGGAGGUCUAUCGCAAGAUUGGGAGACACUUCCGUUGCCGAGCUUCCGUAUCAGUGUCGCGCGCUCUUGAUCUGGACAAGUUCCUCAAGGAUAUCUUGUCUCAAAUUGAUGAGUCUAGAGAAUGUCAGCCACAGGGUUCAGACAUACAACUACUUAUCCGUAAAACCACACAAAUCUUGACCGGAAAGAGGUACUUCAUUGUUAUUGAUGACAUAUGGAAAGAACACGAUUGGAAAUUGGUCAAGGCAGCAUUUCCCGAGAAUAAUAACGGCAGCAGAAUAAUUGCUACUACACGCAUCACUGGUGUAGCUAAUUUGUGCUGUUCCAGAUCCGGUGGUCUACCCUACCAAAUGGAACCUCUAGAUGAUGUUGGUUCUCGAAGAUUGUUCUUUAAGAGAAUUUUCAGCUCAGAUGAUCCCUGUCCCGCAGAACUGGAAGAAGUUUCUACUAGGAUCUUAAAAAAAUGCGGUGGUGUGCCAUUGGCUAUAAUUACAUUUGCAAGUUUGCUUGCCAAUAAGACACAUAACAACGGUGAAUGGGAGAGACUGCAAGAUACCAUUGGUACUGGUUCUUCGCUUGAUAACAAUGAGACCUUCAAAGGGAUGAGACAAAUAUUGUUACUUAGUUAUUUGGAUCUUCCGCGCCACCUGAAGACUUGUUUAUUGUACUUGUGUAUAUAUCCAGAGGACUAUGAAAUUGAAUGUGAAGAAUUGAAAUGGAAAUGGAUGGCCGAAGGAUUCAUUGCUACACAAUGGGGACGUUUGGAUCAAGUAGCGGAGAAUUGUUUCAAUGAACUUGUUAAUAGGAAUAUGAUUCAGCCAGUUGAUGUUGGGUAUGAUGGUUCCGUGAAACGUUGUCGGGUCCAUGAUAUGGUGCUUGAUCUCGUCAUAUCUUUAUCUGAUGAAGAGAACUUUGCUACCGUUUUAAAUGGACGUAUUUGCAAUUCAUUUUCAAGCAAGAUUCGUCGUCUGUCAAUGCAAUCUAGUGCCAAAGAGCAGGAUGAGGCGGUCCGUGCAAUCACAGAAACCAAGUUACAUGUUCGCUCACUGUCUAUGUUUGGGCAAGUUAAGCAGAUAUGCCACCUCGUGGACUUUCAUGCUUUGCGGGUGUUAGAUCUCGUAGGAUGUGAAUGGUUGGAAAACAAGCAUGUAAAAAAUAUAGGAAGUUCAUGUCAGCUUAGGUAUUUGCGACUUAGCAGUUUUAAAAUUACAGAGCUUCCUGGGGAAAUCGGAAAGCUGCAGCACUUAGAGACUCUUGAUGUGAGAGGAUGUUAUUAUCUUCCAAGACUGCCGUCAACUGUGGUGCAGUUGCAAAAAUUGGUGCGCCUACUUGUCAGCCGUCGAACAGAGUUGCCUGCAAGUGAGUUUGGGAGUAUGCAAGCCUUGGAGGAGUUGGAGAAGUUAAAUAUCUGGAACAGUGACAACCCACUGAGAUUUGCAGAAGAGCUUGGGCAUCUAACAAAAUUGAGAAGAGUGGAUAUACAUCUCAAUCUCAAUCUCAAUGAAAAACUUAUCAUGGAUUAUGCAACAAGAGAAAGAUUGGUGGAACUUUUGGUGUCAUCUUUAAGUGAGUUGGGCAAAUGCAACCUUCGAUAUCUUAGCAUUGGUGGAGACCUGUGCAAUCGUCUAUUCUGGGACCCAUGCUGCACCUAUCCAUACCUCCACGAUCUUACAAUUGGGCCAGCUAUUAAAACAGUUACCAAGGGAAUGGCCUCCCUCAAAAAUCUUGUGAAACUAUGCAUAGCGGUCGAGGAAUUUGAUAAGGAGGGUCUCCAUCUCCUUAUGGGCAUGCCUUUUCUAGCCCAUCUUGAGCUAGCGAUACGAAUAUCGAUCAAAGAGAAGCUGAACAUCGGUACUAAUGGAUUCAAGCUACUAAAGGUGUUCCACUUCACAUACAUGACAGACAGGUGGUAUUCCAAAGUGGAGGCAAUAGAUAGACUGCAGCUAACAUUCGCAACAGGUGCCAUGCCAGCACUCCGACAGUUUCAUCUUGAACUGAACCCAAUGGAGGUGACAUCCAAUUUUUUUGCAGACUUGGGUAUCGAGCAUUUUUCAGGCCUUGCACACUUCCAGGUCGAAAUUGAUUGUAACGGAGCAGCUCCAGGCUGGGUGGAGGCUCUAGAGUCUUCCAUUGAAAAAGCAACUGACUUGCACCCUAACAACGAAAUGGAAAUCCAUCUCAGCAGACUCCAUGAAGAUGGCAUGUUUAAGGAUGACAAGGAGUGGGAAGAGGCUGCUGCAAAAGAAAGAAAGAAAGAAAGAAAUGAAGAGGAAGGAAGAACUUCGUGA